AUUGAGUUUUAGAGUAAAGGAAAAGGAAUAUGGCAAAGAAGCCAAGAAAGAUGAUAAAGAUAGCCCAGUUUGACCCAACACAGGAAUUUCAGAUGAAUGUUCCCCCAAUUGGUAUCCGGCCAGCUGGUCCACCUGGACCUCCUGGAGUUCCUGGCAAGAGAGGAAGGAAGGGGAAAAAGGGAGAAUCUGGGGAAUCUGGCCCACCUGGGACAGCAGGGACACCGGGCAAAAAUGGCUUUCCGGGCCAGACCGGGGUACGCGGAUUUCCGGGAUUUCCGGGACCCAUAGGACUUGAUGGUCCCAAAGGAGAACCAGGCAGGCCUGGUGAAAAAGGCCAAAAGGGCCAAACGGGCAGCGCAGGCAUCGAUGUGCUACAAGCAGUCAAGGGAUUGCAAGAAAGGGGUCACAAUAUUUCUGGCGAAGUAUUGAUUACCCUGAAAGGUGAACCUGGUGAACCAGGGCCUCCAGGACCACCAGGCCCUUCAGGAUCUGAAGGCAUGCCUGGACACGACGGUCGACAAGGCAUGCCUGGAGAACCAGGACCAGCUGGGGACCGAGGAGAGUCAGGACCAAUGGGACCACCCGGACCCCCCGGCCUGGAUGGUAUGAUUGGACCAAAAGGAGAGAGAGGUCCAUCUGGAGUAAUGGGCGUAUCAGGAUAUCCAGGACUUCCGGGACAUAUGGGUUUGCCUGGUGUUCCUGGCAGGAAUGGGAGCAAAGGUGAACCUGGUAAGCCUGGAGACAAAGGAGAUAAGGGAGAAAGAGGUCUUACGACAACAUUAACUGGUGACCAAUUCCCCACAGGUAUCAUUGAAGGUCCACCAGGUCCCCCAGGACCCCCAGGUGAUAAAGGAGAACCAGGACCUGUAGGACCUCCAGGAGCCCCUGGUGAAAAGGGAGCGAGAGGAAGGCGUGGCAAGAAGGGCCUAGACGGAGAUGUGCUGUCCAGGGGAUUACCGGGAGAAAAGGGGGCCACAGGUCGGCCGGGGACUAGAGGGGGGAGAGGCGUUAGAGGGUUUACUGGGUUCUCAGGGGCCAAAGGCGAUUCCGGAGUGAUGGGACCUCCAGGAAUUUCCGGCCUAAAUGGAGAACCAGGACUUCAGGGACCUCCAGGUCUUCCGGGGUCUACAGGAGACAAAGGAGAUAAAGGAGACUACGGUGAUAUUGGGCCGCCAGGACUUAUGGGACCUCCAGGAUUGCCGGGACCUCCUGGUUAUCCUGGACAGAAAGGAGAGAAAGGAGAAAAAGGAGACUCGAAGUACAAAAAACUGAGAAGGCGACAGUUUCAGGGAGACGGCACGGGAGAGUUUUCUACCGGAGAAUUGAUUAUGGGACCCCCAGGACCACCCGGUCCUCCAGGAGUACCAGGCUUACAGGGUCCUCCAGGAAUCAAGGGUGAUCGAGGUGCAGACGGACUAAAGGGUGAACCAGGUGAAAAAGGCUCAAAGGGGGAUCCAGGACCUAUGGGACUACCUGGUCCAAUGGGACUAAGAGGUGAAAGUGGAAGACCAGGUGACUAUGGCAAAAGUGGCCCCAUGGGACCGCCAGGACUGGAUGGAAUGAAAGGAGCACAAGGAGAGCCAGGAAGCAAAGGGGAGAGAGGAGAUCCAGGACUUCCUGGUACCGAUGGAAUUCCUGGACAGGAGGGUCCUAAAGGCGACAAAGGCUACAAAGGUGAUGCGGGUCCGCUGGGAAAACGUGGAAGAAAAGGCGAUAAAGGAGAUAAGGGAGACCAAGGAGUUCCAGGACUUGAUGCCCCCUGUCCUCUAGGAACAGACGGAUUACCAUUGCCAGGUUGUGGAUGGAGACCUCCAAAGGAAGCCCCACGGCCAGCUCCACCACCGCCGAUACACACAGAAUUCGACGUUGAAGAUCCGACCGAAGAGGGAGAAGAUUACGAGGAAGUCGAAGGGGAGGAAUACGAUGAUUACGCAGAAAUCAACCAAGCUCUGCCGACUGACACUUAAUUUCAUCUACUAACCUGUGUUUUAGGUUCAUUUGAUCAUUGGGUAGAUCAGACAUUAGCGCCCCUUCAGAACUGUCUAGUACUUAUAGUGCAAAGUGACCAUGUACAUAGUGUUCCCACAGACAGUUGUUUUUAUAAUGAAGCUUUGUCAACGUUUCGGCAGUAAAUUCUUUUGUACUACAUUAUCAAUGUUUGGGUGUUUUGAAAAGUUCAAAAAAUAUAGCAUGUUAUUUACUUGGACCUGCUAAAGUCUACUAAGAAAUUAAAAUGAACAAAAAUUGUAGUUAAUUAACUAAAAUACAAUGAUAAUUUAUCAUUCUUUUUUAUUUUUUAGUAACUUUGGCGUGGUCCUUCUGAUUUAGAACUAUUGUCCAUAUAUUUAUGAAAGUUUUGUAAAUAUAUAUUACGUUGUAGGUCCAGUAGUCAAUAUUUUGUAAUGGUUUCUUAUAUUUGUAUCUUUUGGAAUAUUAUUUACUAAAAUUUUCUUCUAAUCCACAUGUUAUUAUAAGCCAGAAUUCCUGUUGUACAUUUUUUUCAUUAAAGCCUAUUUAUAUUGUC